AUGUUUUGUGGGGUUUUUUUGAAAAGUAAAAGUCUGUUCAAAACUUUGGAGUUUACUAUAUUUUCACAAAUAUUGAGCUGUUGCACCUCUGUAAUUUGUUCUUGUCUGGAAGUUUGUGGAAGAGACUUGGUGUCGGUGUUUAAAGGUCUAUUUGAAGUCAAGGUAAUAAAUUUGAUGGGGGCCAAGAGUUCUACUUCUAGGGAGGGGAGGAGCUGGAGGCAAUCUUCAUCAACUAGGUCUACUUCUUCAUCGUCAUGGAAUCAUGAUUAUUCUCAAUCAUCAGUUUCACAAUAUGCUCAGAAUUACCCUGUCCAGCAACCAUAUUCAGCUGAGGAUCCACCACCGAACCAGUACUAUGCUCCUCCUCCCAAUUAUGGGGUUCCAUACCAAUCACAUGCACCGCAAAAGACGCUCGAUAGGAGGUAUUCAAGGAUUGCGGACAAUUAUAAUUCGUUAGAGGAGGUGACUGAAGCUCUUGCACGUGCUGGCCUCGAGUCUUCAAAUCUAAUUAUUGGUAUUGAUUUCACUAAGAGCAAUGAAUGGACAGGUAAGAGAUCAUCCAAUGGUAGAAGCUUACAUCACAUCGGAAGUGGUUUGAAUCCUUAUGAACAAGCAAUAUCCAUUAUUGGGAAAACCCUGGGGGCUUUUGAUGAAGAUAACUUGAUUCCCUGUUUUGGAUUUGGAGAUGCAUCAACACAUGAUCAAGACGUAUUCAGCUUCUAUCCUGAUGAAAGAUUUUGCAAUGGAUUUGAAGAGGUGUUGAGUCGUUACAGAGAGAUUGUUCCUCAUCUAAAACUUGCAGGACCAACAUCCUUUGCCCCUGUUAUUGAAAUGGCCAUGAGUAUUGUUGAGCAGAGUGGAGGACAAUACCAUGUUUUACUAAUUAUUGCAGAUGGACAGGUUACAAGAAGUGUCGAUACUGAACGCGGUCAGCUAAGUCCACAGGAGCAGAGAACUGUUCAAGCUAUUGUUGAAGCAAGCAAGUUGCCAUUGUCUAUCAUUUUGAUCGGUGUCGGAGAUGGACCCUGGGACAUGAUGAAGGAAUUUGAUGAUAACAUUCCAGCUCGGGACUUUGAUAAUUUCCAGUUUGUAAAUUUCACAGAGAUUAUGUGCAAAAAUGUGCACCAAUCUCGAAAAGAGACAGAAUUUGCUCUUUCAGCAUUGAUGGAAAUUCCAUCUCAAUAUAAAGCAACAAUAGAGCUUAAUUUGUUGGGACAAAAAGGACAUGCCACAGAGAGGGUUCCUCUUCCACCGCCUGUCUAUGGUGCAGCAUCUGGCACCAAUUCAAAACUUGAUCGUGCGACUAGUUUUCAGCAGAGUUCAAGUUCAUAUUAUGAUGCCAACAGUUCUGCGAGUUCAAGUUCAUAUUAUGAUGCCAACAGUUCUGUCGAUGCAGUUCCAUCAGCUCCAAGCUCAACGUAUGACAACCAGAUUUGUGCUGUUUGCCUCAGUAACCCUAAGGACAUGGCAUUUGGUUGUGGGCAUCAGACAUGUUGCGACUGUGGAAAAGACCUUCAGCUUUCUGCUGCUGAAAGACUAACAGAUCCUUUCACGACGUGA